AUUAGUCACAUAUCUGCUGCCAACAAGUGCACACUCUCUCCACUGAUUUUGGUAUGUCUUUCUCUUUCAGAUUCUUCACUCUUGGGUCACAGCAUUAUUCCCUUGGCUUGGAAAUGGCAUCUCAGCUCCAGUUCUUUUCUCGAAGGUCCCCUGUGGUUUGUACUCAUGGCUCUGUUGCUUGUCAGAUGCUUGCUACAAAUAUUGGUCUUGAUACUCCAAAGAACGGCGGGAAUGCGGUAGGUGCUGCUGUGGCUGUAGCUGCUGCCCUCCGUGUCACUGAACCUGCCAACGCUGGCGUAGGUGGAGAUUGCUGCUGUCUGUGCUGUGAUGCAAACACAAAGCCUGCGCGUGGCCUGAACGGAAGUGGCAGGUCUCCAAGGGCACUGACUGUUGAGCUCUUGAAAGAACAAGGGUUUGAUGAAGCAAAUCCUCUUCCUCCACUUCAUGCCCAUAAUAUCACAGUGCCUGGUGCAGCAGCUGCCUGCUGUGAUGCUGUUUCUUUGUAUGCAAGCAAGAAGAUGACUAUCGGACAGCUGCUACAGCCUGCUAUUGAACUGGCUGAAAGAGGUUUUCCUGUAGCAGAGAUUACUGCCUAUCACUGGAAAUGUGAUGCUCAUAUUCUCCAGUCACUUGGAAACAAGGAUGGGAAGGAGUUACUCACUGAUGGCCAAGCACCACUGCAUGGGCAGGUUUCCUCCAAUCCCUUUUUGGCUAACACUUUUAAGGAGCUGGCAAGAUCUGGCAAGAAGGGGUUUUAUGAAGGUCGGAUUGCAGCUGCUAUUGUAGAAACAGUUCAGAGACAUGGAGGAGUGAUGGAUUUAGAUGAUGUCAAAAGCCACACCUCCAAUGAGGUCAAACCAAUUUUCACAAAUUACAGGGGUGUGAAUGUUUGGGAAAUACCCCCAAAUGGACAAGGAAUCACAGCUUUGAUGGCCCUAAACAUUUUGGAAAAUUUUGAUGUUAAAGAUAUGGCUUUUUUCAUGGGUCAUAAUACAGCUGACUACUUGCACGUGCUGACUGAGGCCAUGGAACUCAGCUUCACUGAUGCUUUCUCAUUCUGUGCAGACCCUGAUAAAGUUCUGGUACCUACAGAAUAACUUCUGUCCAAAACCUAUGCUAAAGAGCGUUCUCGACUAAUAAAUUUACAAAGAGCCAGUGACAAAUUUAGUUCUGAAAAUGUUUUGCCAUUAGGAACAGAUAUAGUCUACUUCACUGUGGUGGAUCCUCAAGGCAAUGCCUGUUCUUUCAUAGACAGCAACUACAUGGGCUUUGGUACAGGACUGGUACCAGGUAGCUGUGGAUUUACUCUACAAAAUAGGGGAGCUAACUUUUCCCUUUCUAGCAGCCAUCUAAACUGCCUUGCACCAGGGAAACGUCCAUAUCACACUAUCAUUCCUGCCCUAGCGACUGCUGCAGACAGUGAGGAACUUCUGUGCCCCUUCGGAGUGAUGGGAGGGUUCAUGCAACCCCAAGGACAUGUGCAGGUGCUGCUAAAUAUAUUGGAGUUUGGGAUGAAUCCUCAAGAAGCCUUAGAUGCAGCCUGGUUUUGCUUGAACUGUUCCAAGAAAGAAGGCAGGUGGCAUCUGUCACUUGAAGACGGUAUUUCACGAGCUGUUGCAGACGACUUGGGAGCCAGAGGUCACUGGAGCCGGUGGCCCAUCAGUGGGCACAACAGGAGCCAAUUUGGUCGUGGCCAGAUUAUCGCUAAAGGGGACUGGUGGCAAUCUUGGGGCUCUUUGUCCUCCGAGCACGUGCAGAGUGUCCUGUGGGCAGGAUCUGACCGGGGAGAUGGCUGUGCAGUGGGGUACUGGUCUGGAAUGAACAUGUAUAAUGCUGCAGCAUUAAUUUUCAUAUGUAGGUGCACUGAUGACACGAAUAUUUAGUUGCAAUUAUAGUUCAAAAGAAUAUGAAAUUUCUUCUAA